UUUCGCCAGAAAGUCCUAACCAAGUUGUUCCCUUCAGAAGUAGAGUCAGAUUCCAGUGAUGAUGAUAAUGAUGAUGACGCUGGCGUGGAAACGAAUUCACAAUUCAUCGUCAGAACAUUAGAUAAAGACUCGCAAGAAAGAUCCGCUGAAAGAGAGAAACGAAAGCUGAGUGUGGCUGAAGGUAGCGUUUGACAUGUGGGAUCAGCAACUCGUCUUUGUUGUAGCUUUGUCCGAGUCGAUGUUUUUCUCCGUAUCUGACUGGAUUGUAUAAUAAGAUCAUCGUCUUCGUUGUUACUGUCGUUGUUUGUUUUGUUUUUAUGAAGAAGUUUUUAAGGAAUCAGGUCAGAAACUCAGGUUAUGUUGUAGCGGGGAGUGAGUAGGCCUUCAUUGCUUAGUAGCGCUGCAGGACGCGCGUUUCUCCGCCCUUGGGAUGAUUUGAGACGAAUUAUAGCCUACCUGUAGCCGUGCCCUCCUCCCUCCCCUCGUAGGCUAGACGAAUUGGGGAAAAGUUUGCCGGGGGUCUGGCACCUCAUUAUCAGUUCCAGAACCCUUGCAGAUCUCUUCCCAGCUUUUGUUGCUCAAGGCCGCGUACUUUUCCGCGGGUGAGGAAACACUCGUCCCAAACCGCUAGUAACGAGGGUCUGCUUGCGCUUGCAAGAUAGGAUAAAUAACCCAUUGACUAGAAUGUUUAUAUGAGCAAAGGAAAAACAAUACGUAAUAUAGAAUUUUUCAAUUGGGCCAACGACCUUUGGUAUAAACUAUACCGGCUGGUUGAUGAGAUAUUAGUGAUUAAUAAUUGUGUCUUUUCUUAUUAGAUAUAAAUUUUCCUCGACCGCACAAAGUCUCCUCACGAGAUGAGCAAGCCACGCCGUCUUCCCCUUCAAGACUAAUAGGUGUUGAAAAUCCCGUGCCUUUUUUGCCAAGUGAGAAGGAUUAUAGAUUAAAAAGGAUGUAUUUUACCUCACGCCCUCUGUUGUCCAGGUUAAGGCCCUUUUGAAAGAGAACCUUAUGUUAGACCAAGAAUAAACCCUUUGCCAAAACAGCAACCGAUACCAAUAAUUUAUCUUUAGAAAGUGAUUCUCACGGGAAAGCAGUAAAUGCUGUACAUUUCGAGCCAGCGAACUCGGUAAUUUUCUUCAAUCCAAGUAAGUGGAAUAGAGCUCAUUUCGGUUAAUUGUUCUAAGGUCAUUACCAAAGCACUAGCCUGAACAGCAAGUUUAGUCCCAGUCCCUGUGAAUUUCGUAGAGAGCCACACGCAAUGAAAAUAUAAGGUCAAAAUAAGCAAACUGCUGAAUGUCUGGGGAAACCUCUAUUCACAAAAUCGCAUUUGGUUGUAGUUUUGUAUCUGACUUAUCAAAAAGUGUUGCGUGAUUUUUUUUUUCAUGCCAAUUACACAACGUCAGUAGAAGAUGUUUUAUUUUCAUUUGCAGAGAGUCUCAGCGCAGUAUCCAAGAAAAGAGGGGAACCGAAGGAUGAAAAAUGCAGAGAGCAUACAGCGAGUGGCACUGGGUCAGAUCUUUCAAAAUCAUCAGAGCAGGCGUCUAAACUGUCCAAGAAUCAGAAGAGGAAACUGAAGAAAAAGCGUCACAAAGAACGAAUUCGUUCCAGUGGGUAAGUGCGUUGAAAAAGAGCUUCGGUUUUCCCUAUGUCAACAGAUAAUGUGCACGGUCAGUAAACUUUGCGCUGAAAAUAAUUUUAAUAUUUUUUCCCCUCCAAUUAUGUUUUAGAGUCGAAAAAACAGCUCCAGCUCCCAAAGAAUUCACAUACGAUACCGCGUAAUCCAGGUUUACCGACAAAUGGAGUAGAUCAAACUUGCACAUGUGACUGUGUGCAGUAUACUUUCGCACGAGACCAUGUGCAGGAUACUUUCGCACGUGACCAUGCAGGUGGCGUGUACUUACUCCCACGACGAAGUAACAUGUUUUAUUUCAUGUGACUUUUCAAAGUCGGUGUCAUUGGUUUGGAACUGAUCUUGGAUCAUACCCAUUAACGACCAACUCACGACAUCGUGUCCUUAUGGUGCCCGAACUUUCAAGCGAGUGAAUCUCGACGAAUAAGUACUCCUCAGCCACAACUACCUUUCUUUGUCCACGCACGUUUUUCGGAUAUCCACAAGUUUUUUAAAAUCCAAACUGCUCAACUGUUCGUUACCAGGGUAUGAAGGGGCACACAUGUGACCCAAAUGGGACACACAAGUGGUAAUUAUCUCACGCAUAAUUGAUGAGUCUGAGAAAUUAUCUCGAAUAGAAACUUUCUACCAUAAUCAAAAUUCUUUUUUCCUUUAAAAAUUGCAAAAAUUAGCCGCAUCAUAUAUCGUUUCGAUAUCAUUUUCUAGUAAUGAAAUGAAGUAUGUUACGGUAAUACGCUAAAAAAAGUGUUCAAUACUUCCGUUUGACUGACAGGUGUAUACUAUAAUCUAAAAGGUUAUAUAAACUGACGGUUUUAUCUGUAUUUAUUUAUAAAUAUUUGACCCUU